ACGGGCGAACGGCGACCGCCCGGCGGGCCCGGCUUCUGCGUCGGCCUCGGCCCCGGCUUCUGCCGCAGGAUCGCGGCUGGCUCUGCUGCGGCCCACUGAGCCCGGAGGGGAGCCGAGCCGCCAGCGACGCCCGUAGAGCUUCGAGCGCCCGGGCGGGGGGCCAUGCCGUGCCGGAGGGAGGAGGAAGAGGAAGCCGGCGAGGAAGCGGAGGGGGAGGAAGAGGAAGAGGAGGAGGAUAGCUUCCUCCUGCUGGAGCAGUCGGUGACGCUGGGCGGGUCGGGCGAGGUGGACCGGCUAGUGGCCCAGAUCGGCGAGGCGCUGCAACUGGACGCUGCACAGGACAGCCCGGCCUCCCCGUGUGCGCCCCCGGCGCCGCCGCUGCAGCCCCCGCGGCCGCCGGCUGAGGUGCCGGCGGACAAAGCCCGGCCCCCGGCCCUGCCGCUGCUUCUGUCGCCCGCGCCCGCGUCGGCGGAGGCCGCGGGCCCAGGAGCCCUGCGCUGCACCCUUGGGGAUCGCGGCCGCGUGCGGGGCCGGGCUGCGCCUUACUGCGUGGCGGAGCUCACCGCCGGCCCCAGCGCGCUGCCCGGGCCUUGCCGGCGAGGAUGGCUCCGGGGCGCCGCCACCGCCAACCGCCUGCAGCAGCGACGCUGGCCCCAGGCCGGGACACGCGCCGGUAACGACGGCUCUCACGAUGACCGGCUCCUGCAGCAGCUUGUGCUCUCGGGGAACCUCAUCAAAGAGGCGGUGCGGAGGCUCCAGCGAGCCGUUGCUGCGGCCGCCGCUGUGGCAGCCACGGGCCCGGCGGGCGCCCCAGGGCCCGGGGGUGGCCUCAGCGGACCGGAUCCCUUCCCACUGCAGCCCUCGGGCGCCCUACACUGACCGGACCCCCCUGGAGGAGGAAUCCGAGGCCGCUGCGCAGACCCGACGGCGUCCUGCCCCCACCAGUCAUGAAUGAAGCCGCCGCUGCUGUUCUGGGAGCGACCGCCUAGGCAGCGGGGAGGCUCGUGGGGAGAGACCUUCAAACCAACCUUACUGGCUCCCUCGAGGCUGUCGGAGAAAACUUAAGAGUGGAGAAAUUCAGGGGCCAGGGCACGCCUGUGCCGCCUGAAAAUUUCCCCAGCCAUCCCAGAGCCAAGGACCUGGGAUUAACUGGGAGAACUGUGGCAGCUACUAGCAUCCUCUUGUACCUGAUUUAGCCCUUGGCGUCGCACGCUUGGAUUGUAUAAAGAUAGGACUCCGAGGGGCGGGAAUCGUGAGGGCUUUAUAACGAUACUUGAAAACUAAUGACACACAUACGUUUUCUCUGUAUUUUCCGGUGGAGGAGCUUAGUGAAAAUGGUGCUACAAUUGCUGUGCAAAGAUAUUCUGGGGGGAAGAAUAUAAAAACUUGGUGAUGGGUGGAUUGGUAUCACCCCCUUUCUCCCACCUAAUUGGUGGCUGGUCGAGGUUGGAGCGGGAGGGAGGUGGAGACUUUUGAAGGUGGAGAGAAUUGGAGUUGAAUGCGGACUUUUAAAUGACUUGACCUUGCCAGCAAACCAAGGUCACAGUUUGGUGUAAGUGGAAGGCUGUGAGGUUCCUGAGAGAGCUAACUCACCCGGGUGUGUUCUCUUUCUUUUGCUCCAAGAGCCCUGUCUAUGCUACCGCUUGGAGUCUCCCGAGGACACAGGCAUGGAGAGAGGGAUGGGUGUGGGGAGAGUUAUUUUUUCUGUCCUUUCUUCUUUCCAGAACUCCUCCUCCUGGGAGGCCACUCUUGGCCAUGCCAGAGCUUUCUCAAAAGCAGUCAUAAACACUCUUUUGAGUUGCUCUCCUGUCCUGCUUGCCCGCCUUUCUUAUUCCACCCUUUCUGGUGUCUGUACAGGGUGGAUGAGAGACCCUGGACACUUUCUGCUCUGCUUCGACCCUCUGUGGAGCCGUGGGCCUGAGCCUCCGUGGUUCUUCACUGGGCACAGUUUCCUUCAGCCGUGCCAGCUCUUCUUUGUGAGUGACUGAAACCGUUUUUAAAAUGUGACUCUCCAAGAGGAGAAACCGCUGGCUUUACCGUUGUGAAACUUGAGGGCGCUUUAGAAAGGUGCCACCCCCAAACUUUAAGGUAGCUAAACCAAUUUUUUUAAAAAGAUUCAAUGGCUUGAUCAUCCUUCAGAUGUAGCUGUUGAUGAACACUUCGCAGCGGAGUGUCUGAAAUUGUGGUGGUCCUGAUUUAUAGGAUUUCUUAAUUAAAAUGUCUGCGAAUAAAUUCGUUUUUCUGUUUUGGAA